AUGGCCCAGCAGAACAUCCAUCCCGCUACACAAGCGCUUCAUGCUGAUGAUCGCUUGAACUUGGUCACCGACGUUGCCCCGCCCAUUCAUCUAUCUACAACUUUCAGAUACCCAGAUGAUCCCAACGAGCUGACCAUCUCCGAAGAUCCUGUGGCGGAGUUCGACGGAAAGAACUACGUCUACGCCCGUGAAUUCGCACGAAAUCAGACUCGCUUCGAGGCGGUCCUUUCUUCACUUACGAAGGGUAAUGCUGUCACAUAUGCAACAGGCUUAGCGUCAUUGCACGCUGCAUUGACACUACUCAACCCGCGCCGAAUUUCAGUCGGUGAGGGUUACCACGGCAGUCAUGAGGUUAUUUCAGUCGUUUCUCGAUUAUCCGGUCUCCAGAAGCUUGGUCUUGAUUGCCCAGCCGAGGAUCUGAAUGAGGGAGAUGUGAUUCUACUCGAAACACCCAUUAACCCCCUUGGAACGGCCUUCAGCAUCGAGGAAUAUGCCAAAAAGGCACACUCGCGUGGUGCGUACUUGAUUGUUGAUAGUACAUUCGCCCCGCCAGGUCUCCAGGAUCCCUUCCUGUGGGGUGCGGAUGUAGUCAUGCACUCUGGAUCAAAAUACUUUGGUGGUCAUAGCGACCUUCUCUGUGGUGUGCUGGUCACCAAACGUGCGGAUUGGACAAAACAGCUCUUCGAGGACCGACUCGCUUUGGGAAAUGUCCUCGGAAACAUGGAGAGCUGGCUUGGACUUCGGAGUCUGCGGACUCUCGAGGUUCGGGUUCAGCGCGCAAGCCAGAACUCCGCAAAGCUUAUUUCGUGGCUUGAUGCUGCUUUGAACGUUCCAUCUCCCGCGCCGGGAUCGGAAGAGGCGAUCGUGCAGGCGGUGUUGCAGAAGAUGUAUCACGCCAGUCUUCAAAAGGAGCCUUGGCUGGAGAAACAAAUGCCCAAUGGCUUUGGGCCUGUUUUCGCGAUUGUUUUGCAUGAGGAAGAACAAGCCAAAAACCUGCCGAGCAAGCUGCACUACUUCCAGCAUGCAACAAGUCUCGGUGGUGUGGAAUCUUUGAUUGAGUGGCGGGCGCUGUCUGAUCCUCGAGUGGAUCGGAAGCUGCUGCGAAUCAGUGUAGGUCUGGAAAGCUGGGAAGAUCUGAAAGAUGAUUUAUUCCAGGCGUUCAAGUCAUUGUGUAAAUAG